AUGUCCCCCGACCCCUCGACCGGCGGCAACGCCCGGCGGAUCGUCAUGAAUCCGCCCGACUCGUUCCUGCAGUCCGCGGCCGCGCAGGCCGCUAUCGAAGCGGGCAAGCAGGCGCCCGUGCAAGCCAACGGUCCUAUUGCGUUCGCGCAGGGCGGACAGGCCGUGAUGAUGCCGAAUGGGAACAGUAAUGGCGGGUCGAGUAGUGGUGGCGGCGGCGCGGACAAGGGCGGGAGUGGAGGAGGAGAUGUGGGCGUGCUGGGAUCGGCGAGCCCAGCGAUGGGGAUGGGCGUGAAUACGCCAGAUCAGAAGGGGCUGGACCCCGCCGUCAUGCAGUCAAUACAGCAGCAGCUGGCGUCCGGGGCGAUCGCGCCGAGUCCGGAAAAGACGGGCGCAGCCGCUAGCGCCAUUACGCCCAAUUCGAAGGCUUCGCCUACCGCCCCUGCACCCAGCGCCUCUCCCACCGCUGCUACUGCCACCGCCGCCGCAUCCGCAUCCGCCAAUCCCAGCGGUAUCGCCAGUGUCGACCCCUCCGCCUCCGCCCUCCCCUCCCCUAUCCUCGCUACCGACCCCUCAGCCUCCAUCUCUCCUUCCGCCUCCGCCGAUGCCGCAUCCUCCGGUACCCCCUUCAUCCGCUCCCCCGCCUUUAUCCUCCUCAUGGUCUUCUCCGCCCUCAUCCUCCUCGGUAUGAUCGCCACCGCCCUGUCCUGGUUCUUCCGAUGGAAAGGCAAGGGCUCUUCCCGCUCUCGGCGCGACGUCGAAGCGGACGACCUGUCGGAUAUCGUCCGUAAUUUCGAAAGCCGGCGAGGGAGCUACGGGACCGGCGCCUCCGCCGGAUCUUACGGGGACGACAUGGAGAAGAGGAGUUCGCUGCUGGCGGAGGAGAUGGGGAGGGGCGCGCCGUUCCUUCACUCCGGUACGGCGAUGGCUGGGGAUGGGAUGGAAGAUGUCGAUUUGGGAGAUGAGGGGCUGCCGAGGAUGCCAGCGGCGACGAUGCCCUCCGAGGACGCCAUGUUGAUGAUGGGCAUGGGCGGUAUGGGGAGUCCGCGCCUUCCGGACCAAUUCGGGACGGGGAGACUGGAAGUGCGGAACCGGGCGCAGAGCGAUUUCGGGGAUGAGGUAGUAGGAUACGGCGACAAGUUUAGGACGAUGCCCGCGCAAAAGUCUUGGUCUAACGAGCGUGGACUGAGCAACCUCGGUGCAGGGUGGAUGCGCAACAAGAGCACCACCUCUCUCCCCUCCUCCACCGGCGAACUCCCCUCCCCGUUCCACGACGCUGCAUCCUCCGACUCCCACUCUGAAUCCUCCGGGUCCACCGCCGUUUCCCGGCAUGGAUCCCUUAAGAACAAAUGGGACCGCUCUGCCUCGACCGAAUCCGCCAUGACCCUUGGUGAAGCCGAGCUGGGAUCUACCGGCGCCGGCGCACCCCAGUCCUCCACCUGGGCAACCAACCUCCGUACCUCCCUCCUAGCUGCCAUCUCUGGACCCCGCGCCAUUCCAGACGACGACAAGUUCACCCGCCCCGUCCUUCCCCAGUACCUCUCCCGGUCCUCAACACACCGCUCUGGUCUGUCCCGGAACAGCACGACGAGUCGCGAGGGCGUCUCGUCCAACACGUUCGGCCGAGCCGGGGGUGCCGGGCUGGUGAUUACCGAAGAGGACGACGAGGACCGGUGUAGCCUCGCCCCUUCCGCUCGGCGGGAUAUCGAGGCGGCAUUACUCGGUGCCGAGGGAGUGAGCAGGAGUAGUAGUUCGGCGAGUAGUAUGAUUGGCGCGAGGAAGGGGAGUGUCGCGCCGUUGGAUAUCAAGAAGAGCGGGGGGAGUGGGGAGAGGUGGAAGCGGUAUGCGAGGAGCUCGAAGGGGUCGGAGAAGGGGAGGGAUGAGGAAUCGUUGGUAUAG